AUGGCGAGCCCCUGCGUAGAGCUUAGCAACAAGAUGAAGAUGCCCAUGCUGGGGCUAGGCACUUGGCAGGCUCCUCCAGGAAAGGUGGAAGAGGUGGUGAAGUAUGCUAUUGAUGCAGGCUACCGUCUCUUUGACUGUGCCUACUUCUACCAGAACGAAGAUGAAAUAGGGAAUGCAGUCCAGCAGAAGAUCAAGGAGGGGGCUGUGAAACGGGAAGACCUCUUCAUUGUCACUAAGCUGUGGAACACCUUUCAUGAGAAGUCCAUGGUUAAGGCAGCAUGCAAGAAGAGCCUUGCUGCCCUGCAACUGGACUACCUUGACCUUUACUUGAUGCAUUACCCUAUGGGAUUCAAGGCCGGCGAGGAGCUGCUUCCUGCGGAUGACAAGGGUAUGAUCAUCCCCAGUGACACAGAUUUUCUGGACACAUGGGAGGCCAUGGAAGAGCUGGUGGACUAUGGUCUGGUAAAAGCCAUUGGUAUCUCCAACUUUAACCAUGAGCAGAUUGAAAGACUCCUGAACAAACCAGGACUGAAGUACAAACCAGUCAAUAAUCAGAUCGAAUGCCAUCCGUACCUCACCCAGGAAAAACUCAUCAAGUACUGUAAAUCCAAAGGGAUUGUUGUGACUGCUUUCAGCCCCCUUGGCUCUCCUAACCGCCCAUGGGCCAAACCAGGGGAACCUACACUGCUGGAAGAUCCCAAAAUUAAAGAGAUUGCAGCUAAACAUAAGAAAUCCCCUGCCCAGGUUUUGAUCCGGUUUCUUAUCCAGAGAGACGUGAUUGUCAUACCCAAGUCUGACAAACCACAUCGUGUGCAGGAGAACAUCAAGGUGUUUGACUUUGAACUCUCUAAAAAGGAGAUGGAUGUCAUCCUCAGCUUCAACAGGAACUGGAGGGCAGUUCCAGUGGUUCAAGCUGCCAAUCACAAGGACUACCCAUUCAAAAUAGACUAUUGA